AUGGCCCCUCCUACUCCCUCCUCACACCGUCCCCGCAGGAAGAGAAAGAACCCGACUGCGCCGGGCUCCAACAACAGCUUGAUCGUGGAUUUCGGCGAUGGGAAACAAUCGCCUGCAUUCCCCCUGGUCUCAUUUUUAUGGGCUGCACGGGCGGGUGUCUCGCAAUGGCUGAUCCUGCCUCUGACGCUCAUGGCCGUUGGCUUGUUCCGAUGGGCUGUCAGUCUGUGGGGUUACUCUGGAUUCAAUGUCCCUCCAAUGCACGGUGACUUCGAGGCGCAAAGGCAUUGGAUGGAAAUCACCACCCAUCUGCCAAUGGCCAAAUGGUAUCUCUACGACUUGCAAUACUGGGGUCUGGAUUACCCCCCAUUGACUGCAUACCACAGUUGGUUAUGUGGCAAGAUUGGUUCGGCCUUUGAUCCUACAUGGUUCGCCCUGGAUGAGUCCCGAGGAAUCGAGGGUCCGGACUUGAAGGUCUAUAUGCGGGCUACCGUCCUCAUCUCCGAAUAUUUAAUCUACGUCCCCGCCGUCGUCACAUUCCUCCGUCGUUAUACUCGUAUGCAUGGGGUGCACGCAUGGUCCGCCUCGAUCGCCCUCGUUGCAAUCCUCCUCCAACCGGCCACGAUCUUGAUUGAUCAUGGCCACUUCCAGUUCAAUACGGUGAUGUUGGGCCUCAUGGUUGCCAGUUUGGAUGCCAUCUUGGCCGGACGGAUGCUCUGGGCUUGCCUCUUCUUUGUCGGCGCAUUGGGCUUCAAGCAGAUGGCAUUAUACUAUGCUCCCGUCAUGUUCGCCUAUCUGUUGGGCGUGUGUGUCUUCCCUCGCAUUCGUAUCCUGCGGCUCCUCAACAUUGCUCUCAUUACCCUGGCCGCAUUUGCGCUGCUGUUUGCCCCGCUUCUGUAUGGAGCUACGACCACCGAGGCUCGAGAGCUCUUUGCGUCCUCGCCACAGCCUCCGCUACUACAAUCGCUACCAAUCUCUCUCGAUAAGAAGUCCGUGGCGUAUGCUGUGCUCUUCCAGAUGACCCAAACUAUCCACCGUAUAUUCCCAUUCGCUCGUGGUCUGUUUGAGGACAAAGUGGCUAAUGCCUGGUGUGCUAUCCACACGUUCUACAAACUUCACCGCUUCGAGGCCUCGCUGCUACAGCGGGCGUCUCUCGGAGCGACUCUGGCUUCGAUCAUUGUCCCAUGUGCCAUCAUAUUCCGCCACCCCCGGGCCUCCCUCCUGCUUCCCGCUCUUUCUAGUGUCUCGUGGGGCUUCUUCCUCUUCUCCUUCCAAGUGCACGAGAAGAGCGUUCUGCUUCCUCUUCUCCCCAUGACCCUCACCUUGGCUGGUGAUGGCGGGCUGAGCAAACAGAACCGUGCGUGGGUUGGCUGGGCUAACAUUCUGGGCUCAUGGACCAUGUAUCCGCUUUUGAAGCGUGAAGAGCUGCGGUUGCCCUACAUUGUCAUGACUCUCCUUUGGGCCUACCUGAUGGGCCUUCCUCCCACUUCAUUCGAGAUCUUCCGCAGCCGGGCCUCUCUCGAAGAGACCCCUCUUGAGCCGCGUAUCUUUAGCAAGCUCUUACAUCUGGCCUUCUAUUUGGCCAUGAUUGGCUGGCAUAUACUGGAAGCGUUUGUGCCUCCGCCUGCCGGCAAGCCAGAUCUCUGGGUGGUUCUCAACGCCCUGAUCGGUGCGGCCGGUUUUGGUCUGGCCUACCUCUGGUGUAUGUGGAAUCUCAUCGUCCAAUGUCGUGAAAUCGACCUUCGGGCAGCCGAGGAGGGAAACCGGAAGAAGAAGCAGUAA